AAGCUGUUUAGGUAUGGCGGUGAUUGACGUACCAGGAAUAGAUAAUUUUGUGAUUAGUGAAAAGUGAUGAUGUAUGUCUUUCAUUUGAAAUACGAGGAAAUAUAAUUCUGUUGCAUCAAGAUUUCCUUUGUUACAGUUGCGUUAAAGUCAAACGAAGUGUCUAAACCGACUCUUUUGAUGAUUUGGCGUAUCGUAUUAUUUCUCAAAAAUCUGACAGCUAAAGACACCUAUUUUAGACUGUGAAGAUGACACCCAACGGUGCUGAAGUAUGUCCAGCCAAUGGCUUGCAUUAAGUUGCCGUCAAAAGGAUUUUGUUUGCAGGCGUGGCGUGGUGUGGUUAAAAUAUUGGACAGCUAGAAUUAAAAUAUGUCUGAUGACGAGGACAAGCCUCCAGCGCCCCCUGUGCGGCUUACAAGUAACAGAGGCGACUCGACCCCCAAUUUCCCGGUGGACAUGCGGCCGCUCCCGAAGGAGCCGGACAGCGACGACCGCAAGAAGAAGACGCUGAAGGCCAAGAUCAAGCAGAAGGGCAAGGAUGGCGAGAAGCCCAACAUCUCGUACCCCACCAACUUCGAGCACACGGUUCACGUGGGGUUCGACGCGGUGACGGGCGAGUUCACGGGCAUGCCGGAGGCCUGGGCCCGCCUGCUCAUGAGCUCCAACAUCAGUAAGCAGGAGCAGAAGAAGAACCCCCAGGCAGUGCUAGACGUGCUCAACUGGUUCGACAGCUCCAGCAAGGAGGCCAAGGGCUCCAAGUACAUGACCACCACCAAGAUGAUGGCGCCCGCGGACCUGGCGCCCGCGGGGACGCGCGCCGCGCACUCGGGCUCCAGCCACAGCCAGCACAGCGUCAGCCACCCCUCCAGCUCGUCCCCCUCCUCCAGCACGCCCGACACCGAGGGGGGCGGCGUCACCUCGGCGGCCACCAGCAGCGAGGUGGAGGAGGAGCCCCCGCCCCCGCCCGUCGCCGCCCGCCCGGAGCGCACCAUGUCCAUCUACACGAAACCCAUAGAGGAGGAAGCCCCGGCGCCCACCCCCUCCCGAACCACCACCACCGCCACCGCCACAACCACCACCACGAACGGCGUGGCGGCGGCCCCGCCGGCCGACAAGAACCGCAGCAACAACAACAACAACGGCAGCGUGAGCGGGAUGGACCGCACGCCCAGCGACAAGGCGCGCAAGAAGAAGAUGAGCGACGAGGAGAUCCUGGAGCGACUGCGCACCAUCGUGAGCGUGGGCGACCCCAACCGCAAGUACACCAAGAUGGAGAAGAUCGGCCAAGGCGCCUCGGGCACGGUGUACACGGCCAUCGAGACGUCGACGGGCAUGGAGGUGGCCAUCAAGCAGAUGAACCUGUCGCAGCAGCCCAAGAAGGAGCUCAUCAUCAACGAGAUCCUGGUCAUGAGAGAGAACAAGCACCCCAACGUGGUCAACUACCUGGACAGCUACCUGGUGGGCGAGGAGCUGUGGGUGGUGAUGGAGUACCUGCCCGGGGGCUCGCUGACGGACGUCGUCACGGAGACGUGCAUGGACGAGGGCCAGAUCGCGUCGGUGUGCCGCGAGGUGCUCCAGGCUCUUGAGUUCCUGCACUGCAACCAGGUCAUCCACCGGGACAUCAAGUCGGACAACAUCCUGCUGGGUCUGGACGGCAGCGUCAAGCUCACUGACUUUGGCUUCUGCGCACAAAUCUCGCCGGAGCAGUCGAAGCGCACGACCAUGGUGGGCACGCCGUACUGGAUGGCCCCCGAGGUGGUGACGCGCAAGCAGUACGGCCCCAAGGUGGACAUCUGGUCGCUGGGCAUCAUGGCCAUCGAGAUGAUCGAGGGGGAGCCGCCCUACUUGAACGAGAACCCUCUCCGGGCGCUGUACCUCAUCGCCACCAACGGCAAGCCGGAGAUCAAGGAGAAGGAGAAGCUGUCGCCUAUCUUCCAGGACUUCCUGGACCAGUGCCUCGAGGUGGACGUGGACGAUCGGUCCGCAGCGUCCGAGCUGCUCAAGCACCCCUUCCUAAAGUUGGCGAGGCCGCUCGCCAGCCUGACUCCACUCAUCAUGGCCGCGAAGGAGGCUGCGAAGAGCCACUAGUCUCCGCCCCCGGGCCACAGUGUUCACGGCCGCCACAGCGUAGGCAGCUUGCGCUCGCAGGGACGACACCUCUGAUCCACAUCCCUCACCGCAUGGCUCUUCGUUCUCGUUUCAUUGCGUUCGCUUCAUCUCUGUUGGAUCGUUUUUCAAACAAACUACUUCUACCUGUCUAGUGCAUAAUUCUGUGAAUGUACAGAAGACCCCUUGAAGAGAUUGAAACUUGCUUGCAUAAAAUAACUGUACAUCUUUUUAAAAAUGGCUUUUGUUAUUACCUAUAUUUGUUCAAAUUUUAGGGGAACAUUGUUUUUGUGAAUUGGUACAGGUCAUAUUUUGGAGAUGCUGCAUCAAUGACCAGAAAGCUUUCUACCUUGAUGUUGAAAUUGAAUGCUGGGAUGUAAGUUUGAUCUUUUCCCAUGUGGGUUAUUCGGUUCUGUACUUUGUAGAGCAGAGGAGCGACUGUUCGAACCAACAUGCAGCCGUACAUUAUAGAAUAAUGGAACAUGCGCAAGAAUACAUUUACAAGUAUGAUCAGAUCAGCAUUCAAUUGGUCAAAAAAAUACAAAUCAGGACUUAAAAAUUAAAUUCGCAGUGCAAGUUGGUAGCAUUUUUUUUUGUUGAUGUAAUUAUGUUUUUAAUAGCAUAGAUUAUAUUUUGGAAGUAAAUUGCAUGACCAAUUUACUUUCUGAUAAGUGAGAGAUAUUUCCUAGAAAUUACAUAUGUUAGGUUAUAAAAUUUGUGCAGUUCCCCCUCCCCCUUUACACCUAUUUGUAUUGAGAAAGAUUAAAUGCAGAUCAGCUUUUAUCUUUUUUGUAAAGCUUUUUCAUUAAAGUGAUGAUUCUGAAAUUAUAAUGCAUAGCUCAUUAGCAUUCAGAUAUUUUGCCAUAAAUUGUUUUUUUUUCUAGUUUGCCAUCCGAGUGAAGCCUGACCGAAAGGCGAUAGUGUCAAUUGCAGGGAUUCUCGUAACCAGUGGUUAUAGUUGUGUUGUUUUCAGAAGAGCAAAGCCUUACAAGAUUCUGCUAUGAUACUGAUAAACUGUAGAGAUGUGGCUGAUGACGAAGCAAGCCAGACUGUGGCCUUGGCCUGGUUGCAACCGGAGGUGAUACUUGUCUUGUAACAGUAGUGCGAGCAGGUCGUGAACUCUGUGGUUCUUUUUCGGGCUGCACAGCGCGUGCUGGUGUCUGUGGUGAUUUUCAUUUUAAUUGCAUCGGUCUUGUUAUAAUUUGUCUUUAUCUCAUAUACCAUUAUUCCUCUGAUUAAGGUAAGAGUUAUGUGCAAGAUUAGAGCUCGUUAAAGCUGCUUCUCAUCUUGUAUGAUAGGAAGGGACAUUUAUUUAGCGCAUUUGCGAUAAUGUGAAUUUUUUGUGUGAAUUUCUGUAGUGUUUUGGGAAAAAUGCAAAAUUUUAAUUUUUGUAAAAUACUGAGAAAAGGUUGUAAAAAACUUGGACUGCAAAAUUGAUGUCAAACUGAUUUUACAUAAAUUUAAAUGAUUUGGUUCCAAAAAAUUGCAAGAAAACAGGGAAAAAUAUCUGAUUUUGUUAUUUUUCUAACUAUUUUUUUGACUUAUAUGUAGUUAAGAAUUGUUAUGAGAAAGCAUACUGUAAAGUAGUUGAACUCACAUUUUUACCUCAUCUUUGUCGUAUUGUUCAACCCAAAACAUUGCAGAAAUGGUGCUUAACCAUGCCUGAUGGUGGUUAGUAAGUAUGUAUAAAUAAAAACUCUGUUGUUAAACACAGUCGCUUCCACAAAACACAAGUCAUUUAAAACUGUUUCCGCAGUGCAAACACUACACUUCAGUCAUUGUUUCUGGUUUAUAAGCAACUGCCGUAGGCCAUUGUGUGGAGAAAGAAAAAGGCUUCACCCAGUUACCACAUAUAAUCAUGCAGACUUGGCCAUAACCUGGUUCUUAUCAGCCCGUAUCAUCUUUUGUUUAAAAACACUGCACCGUCACCAAAGAUAAUAUGCUUCAACACUAUGUGAAUGCUAGCAGCCAGACACGGAAAGCUACCUAAUUGAUAGUUGGGUCGAUAUUUUGUUGAUUUCUCUAUUCUGUGUUUUGUUUAUGACCAGCAACCAAAUGACUAAGAAGUGCUUCUUCUGUAUCUGUGAUACCAUGGAUACUUUAUUCUCAUUUCCUGAUCAUGUUUGUUUACUUGUUAAAAGUUUUUGUUAGACAGUUGGGGACGUAAAUAAAGAAAAGCAACCUGCGCUGUUAUUGCAAUGUACUGCCUGUUGGUGUUCAUUACGCCUGUGAUCGCGUCUUGGCCUUUUAAAGAAGUGAGAACUCAGGAUGAAUGGUUAAGAAUCAUUAUAGAAAUAGAAAACAAUUUGUUAGGGAAAAUGGGUGGUUCACUUACCAGUGGUUUUUUUUUUAAUUAAUUUUUUAAUUAAUUUUUUUAUGUGAUCAUGAUCCUGCUAGCUUAAGAGGUUAGGUAUUUUUAUUUAUGCACCGACCACCUUUUUGAUGUUAGUUCGUACCUAUAGCAAAUAUCGCUCAUGUUUGCCAGCACACAUCUUGAUCGUGUGCUGGUUCUCUGAACUACGAUGGAUACAGGUUUUUCUUGUACACUAAGCCUGUGAUAACAAAUCAGUAAUAUUUAACUGAAAUACAUUCUAAAAGCUUUAAAAUUAUCUUCAGUAUUUGCCUAUUUGGUAUUUGGUUCCUUUUCACACAAUUAUGUUCACCUUCUACCAAUUAAAAUUUCCAAAAUGUCAACAUUUUGUAUUCUUACCAAAAACAUAGUUAUGCCAUUUUUAUAGUAUUAUAAUAUAUGUAGAUAUUUUGAUGAACUGUGCAUUAGUAUGUACUGCUGGUACUAUUGAUUAGCUGUAGUGAUGUCCAAUUACAUAAUUCUAUUGUCAUUUUGAAAAGAAAGAUGUAAAUGUUUGGGUAAAAAUUGAUGUAAAUGUGCAAAGUAACACCUCUGUCAGCAAAAUAAAAAUAAUACCACUUUGUGCCAUAAGUAAGAAAAAAUGCAUGUCUCUUAACGUUAGGUAGUCUUCUGCGAUGGUAACUGUCACGGUUGCAUGCAGUCCGCACACAUGUUGGUACUUGUGCAGUUGUUUGCUUGAAGUGGAAUGGAGAUCUUCUUUUACAAUGAGGGAGCCGUUUGUGCAAUGAAUCGACUUAAAUCAAGAAGGUUUUCUGCCAUUGUGCCCACCCUUACGACCUUCACCCGUUGGUGUUUUGUCUCUUGCUUUACUUUGUGAUAUGUAUAAUUUCUUCUUCUCUGCUGCAUAGUUUAAAAGCAAAGAAGUUGAAACCGACAUCCGCCUUGUUCACACAACUGCGGGUGGACACUUUCCAGCAUCGACCCUCCCUGCUAGGGCUCAGUCUGCAGAUAUAACCCCCCUCUCUCUCUCUCUCCAUCCAUCACGACUGCCAAGUCCCAGAUUAUUACCUGAGAGUGAGUUGUACAAGUAAUCUCACGUUGCUUUCCCAUUGAAUCCACCACUCAAACGUUUUUAACAUUGCAUCUGGAUAAGGAAGGUUCUGCUACUUCCUUCACAAGACCAAGUAGCCUCGUACCAUGUUGUCCCGAACAUGUCGGAAAAUUUUUUCUCAAUUUACGAAGACAAAUGCACACCAGACUUGAAUGUGGGCAUUUCAAGAAUUGCAAGAAGAAAAAAAAUACAUACGCAUGCACAUACAUGUACAUUUACCGUAAAUACAAAUCUAUUUUAUUCUGCGUUUUUAACAAAUUUUCUUGAAUUUUACAAGGGUGUGAAAUUGUGCAUGCAUAAUAAGAACAAAUUGAUGAGUUGUAAGUUGGUUGUUUGCCGGGAUAACAUUGCAAGCAGUGAAGAGAGAAUGAGCUGCAGUGAUGGCGAUAAUGAUAGUGACUGUAAAUGUUAGAUUAAAGUUUAAAAUUUUCAUUUAAAUAAAUAUUUUUGCAAUUUUUAUGUGAAACCCUAACUUGUAAAAUAAUUUAUAUUUAAAUUUUUAGUUAAGAUGUGUAAUCAUGUGAUCAGUAGGUUCACAAGAAGUAUAGUACGUAUAUUAUUUGAAAGCAAGUUUUUUUUCCCCCGAAAAUCUUUUAAAUUUUUUUCCCAAAUGUUUAACUUAAAAGAAAUAUGUCGACUUAUAUGAAAGCCAACUUAUACUCGGUACAAUAUGGUAUUUUUUGUGAAGGUACAGAUUUUUCAUAUAUGUAUGUAGUUCUUAAUACUGAGAGCUCACCACGUCUUAUAUGCCGGAAACUUGUGUUAUAUGUUCGGUUCGAUGUUAGGUAUCAUCUGAAGAAAUUCUUCAAAAUCAAUAUGUGUUUACCUUUUUUUUAAUAUGAGUUUAAAAUAUAUAUAUAUAUAUUUUUUAGAAGUACUAUAGGCUUCUUGGUCAUUUGUGACAGUAUCUGUUGGUUCACUACUGAACAAAACAUGCAGGCACGUUACCCAGGGUUCCUCGUAGCACUCGCCAAAACACUUUUCAUUCUGGGUUGCUUCAGUUAAUGAGAUCACUAGUCAUCCUGGUUCAUUUGAAGAGCUCGUCAGGGCAGUGGAAUGCACUCUUCAUCCAGGCUUACUUCAAGCGCUGGUUACACUCAACAUGUUGAGAAAUAUAGUAUAUUCUAACACAGUCAUAUAAAUAAACAUUAUAUUUUAAGAGCUGUUGCUGGAAAUUUUUUUAUUUAAAUUUUUUGUGAAUAUAAACUAUGUACAUUUUUUUUUUUAAAUUAUUAUACUGAUAUUACUGUGUAGAGUUUUGUUACUAUAUUUUCUUCUUGUGUACAUAUUUGCAAUGACCAAAAUUAUUUUCUGUAAUUUUUUGUUCAAGUUUGUACAUGAAUUUGUGUAUUGGGCCAUCAAAGAAUUUGUUUUCUUUACUUUGUCAUGACUUGAUUUCUUCUUAGGUUUUUGUUUCAGUAAAAAUAUUUUGUUUAUUUUAGUCAUCGUAACAAAUUGCUAUUAGACUUUUCCACAUGAGAAUGGUGAACGAAGCUAAAUGGGUCUUGCAAAUGAUAACCACGGCCUAACACUUAACUAACUUGAUACAUUUAUGGUAAAAUUUAAAGCAUGUUGAAUGAAAUUUAUGUUGUUACAGAAGUUUAAAUACUCAAUACGUACAAAUAUCUACAGACAUUGCAGUUAUAGUAGUUUUUUUUUGUCUGAAAAUGAAUUAAAGUUGGUGUGUUGUAGUCAUCAAAAAGGAAAACUUGUAUUAUGAGGAUUGUGUGGUUGCAAGGGAAGAAAACCACACCAGUUAAUGAAGAUUUACUUUGUAAACAUAGAGCUCCUUCUAGCAAAAGUGAUGUGUUGAGGCAACAUCAAGUCAUCUGCUGUAGCAUUCAAGAGUCAUGGUUUCAUGAGUGCAUUAGUCUGGUGCUUAGUUAGUGCUUGCAGUUUUUAAUAAAAAUAUGUUAUACGAGUCCCGCUUUUAUAUUUAUUAAGUUUUUAUAUUUUUAUUACUUUUUGUUUAAAAAAUAUAGUAGUUCCUAAAGCUUUAUUUUAUAGUAAUAAAGCGUUCAAAUGAAACAGUUAAUGCUUUAAUUGUAUGACAUUUUAAUUGUAUAUGUAUUUUGUUCAUUUGUAAUUUUUACCACCUUUAAGGACUUCAUUAAUUGCUUUGCUGUUAUAUAUAAUUUACAGUUAUAAUUUUUGAUAACCAUAAAAUUAACGUAUUUUUGGACGUAACAUUUAAAUUUUGUGUUAAUUACUUACUGGCAAGUUGACUUUCACCAGUGAAUUAGUUAAUAUUUAACAUUAGUUUUCAGUAUUUUGUUGUUUUGUGGGGAAGACUUUUAUGAUAUAUGCAUGUAUGUUCUUUCCCAAAUAUUAACGUAUUCUCGAAUUGUAGUUUCACUAAAACUGUAAUCAACUUAAUUAAUAUCACAAUGUGGAUUAUUUUUGUUUACAUAAGGCAUAAUCAUAAGCUUCAAAAUGUUCUUAAUAACAGUGCAUAUUGCCUUAUUUUCUGCUCUUAAUUUUUUGAGGUACGGUUAUCGCUCGUGACACGUGCUUCAUCAGGUUGCUGGUUAGUCGAGGUUCAAGUUGCAUGUGCAAACUCCUCAUAUUGUCAUCUGUUUCACAGUUGCCUUGUUCAGCGGGUGUUCAGAAUUGCUGUCUGUACUGUUGUCUCUAGUUACGCUAGGAGAGAAAACCUAGUCAAUACAGUUGUACAUAUCUUCCCCACUCGCUUCUUACUGCUGUUCAAGGGCUUGCAGAGGACUAGUAAAUUAAACUGUUACUUACAGACAUACUGCACUAUGUAUUUGCAUUUUGACAACACUUCUCCGCAUACUUAUAUCACAUGUCCCUCAGUUCAUUUACGAGUAGCGUUGGUCGGAUUCAUGUCAAAAGUCUAAUUCAUGGUACUUAACCGUAUUUUUGUUAAAUUUUGAUUUGUGGCAUGUGCAACAAGAAGAAAAUUACAUACCACUAUUUCACCAACACUUAGCAUUGAAGUCUCAUAGUUACUUUCUCACCAUUUACAUAGUUUUCUUAAAGAACUGUUUAUUUAACAUUAUUAAAUUGCCAUCAAAAUAUUUAUCCCGCUGUCUAUGUUUAAAAACAUUGCUAAGUGACACAAUUUUGGAAUGCUGUCAGUUUUAUGUUAUAGAUUUUGUAACUCAUCAAACUCAAAAAGAAAAUAUGUUAAUGUCUCGAGUGUAUUGUUUUUCUACUACAGCAUCAAUCAAUAGUACCAAAGUUUGGCAAAAAUGUAGCAGCACGAAAGUGAUACAUUUAGUAGCUUCAUAUUUUUAAUGAUCUAGUCAAAAUGCAGAACAUUCUUGUUUCUGGUCAUAAAAGAUGUGUUUUUUUAAUGGCAGAAAAUGUGGAAAAAUUAGAGCUCAUUUUUCUUUUAAUUGUUUACACUUUUUGUUUCGGUAAUCAUAUGGUUUAUGCAUUGUUUUUUUUAACAAAUCUAUUCAUUGGUGUUAAAAAAAUGUUGAGUAAAUUCAUAAGGGCUCUACUAAAACUAACCAAGUGUGGACAAAACUUGUCUGUAAUAUUACUGAAUUUGGAUCAGCUCAACACAACCAAAAUAUUUGCACUAUUUUCCAUCUCUAGUUAUUUUUAUAUGGAUAUAAUUUCUUAUGAUAAUCAUUAAAAUAUUAGUUAUUAUGUAUCUGAAUGUAUUCUCAUUGCAAUUUAUAUUGUAAAGGACUGAAAAAUAUCACUGCGUGUGUGAAAGUAGUCGGGAUGAUAAGUUUCAAGCUUUAAUCGAAGUUGCUUUCCUUGGCUCCAGAUGUGGUACAUUCACUGUGUCUUCCUUCACGCACUGUCAGUUUGUUGGGUUGGCACUGGAAUCUUCUCACAAAUUACCAAAACUAGCUCCCAUAAGUGAUGGUCAGGGUGCUUCUUACAUUAAAGUGUUUUCCGCUUUUGAGACAGCAACCUUGUUCUUCAAGUUUAAAAUUCAUAGCAAAGUUUGUGCAUGGAUCCUCAUAUAGUUUGAAGUUUUUAUUUUGCUGGUUUUUAGUUACAUUUGAGUGAAAAAUAAUAUAUGUAUAUAUAUAUAUAUAUGGCUUUGUAGGACAUCAACAACUAUUAUGUGUUUGUUUUCUUUUCUAAUUUACCUAGUUGAACUGCUGAGAUUUAUCACAUAAAUAAGCCGCUGCUUUUACCUAUGAUUUUAUUGCAGCUGUAUUUAUGGUAUUUGUUGUAAUAAUACACAUGUUAACAAUAACCACCAUUAUAAAUUAUUUUAAUCAAUUUAAAAUGUGUUGUGAUAUUGCAGUAAUAUGUACAUUUUAUUUAAAAAAAAAAAAAAAAUUGUAUAGUAUUUUGAUUUUGUUAAUCUGUAUAGUUUCAAUUUUCAUCCAUUUUAAAAGGUUGUGAUUUGUGAGCUGACUUAAUAUAAUUAUUAAGUAUGCAUACUACCAAUCACUUGAUCAGUUUGAUCUAUCGGUGAAACAGAUUUCUUUGAUAAUUCAUUUGAAAACUGAAGAAUGACUUUAAAAAAACACAAAUGUUUGAUUCUCACUUGUCUGUCUUCAGAGUAUGAAAACUUAAAAAAAAAAAAAAAGUAAUGUUUCCUAUUGGAACAUGAUGCGUACAUACAUAUGUGCAUUACUCCUGAAAUAUUGAUGUGUAUGUAUGUUUUACAUUGAUAAUUAUUAUUUCCAACCCAUCCAUCACUCUGAAUGCGCACAAAGAUAUCAGUUCACAUCGGACACCAUUAAGAAUUCAAGCUACGCACAUUUACUGUCAACUGAAGUGCACAAAAUUGGUAUUAAGAGUUUGGCUGUUUUUUUGUUUGAUUUGUUUUUAACCUUAGAAACAGAGCCUUAAAAUGCUUAGUUUGUUUUUAUGUAUUAGUAAAACUCUGAUUAGGAAAGAUGUUAAUAAUAGUAUUUUGUUUCCUGUAGUUAGUUAUAUAAUUUUAGCUGGCACUAUAUGACGUGUGAAAUGUGGAACAACAUUGUUACGAAAUUCACGUUUAUUAGCUAAUGUCUCAGUUGGAUUGACAUUGUCUGUGAUUUAUAAUAACAGGCAGUGUUGACACAUUCGACCAUUUUCUGAACAAAGUUAGUUAGCCUAGGGGGGGAAAAAAGUAACAGUGUUGAUCAGAAAAAUGCAGCAGUUAGCCGUUACUUAUGGAAGUUGUCAGCGCUUUAAGGCAGAUGUGGAAAUGGUGUGUGAGUAAGCAUAUUCCAUAUUGUAAAGUUUUACCCUAAGAGAGAGAGAGGAGAGCUCUCGUAUACAUGCUGUCGUGUGUGUAUGCGACUGGGUGAACCUAAACAUCAUUUCCCGUGUAGUUAUCGUGGGUCAUUCUGAGUAUAAAAAAUUUGCAGAAGAAGACUUUAGGGAAGAAUGAGACUUAUUGAGAAAUGAAUUGAGAAUUUUACAAGAAAAAGGAGAUGGCUAGAAGAGCGUGAAGUGGGGGAAAAGCUCUGGGCAAUGUUGGUGAUCCUGGAGACAGUUGUGGCAACACUUCAGUAUCAGCCUGUAACAACCUCUUUUCAUCAAGGUAAAUCCUGUUUUCAUUUUAAUCUUCUCAUCACCGAAUUUUAUUUGCAAUGCAGUCAUUUAUGCCUUUGAAGUAAUUUAUUAUGAAAAAAUAUAUUAGACAGUAUUCAUGGUAGUGAAUUUGCAGUUCUCAUUACAAUGAAGUUCUAUGCAUAAGUUUUGUGAGUUAUUUUUAAGGCCAUAAUUUUAAGUGUUUUGCAAACUCUGUUGUAUUAUAAUUGUGGACAUCUGCAAUAUGUGUUACAGAAUUAAUGAUUUCAGGCUAUAGUUGGGUAUUUUUUAAAUGCAAUAUUAGAAUAUCGGCAAUGUGCUGAAUAACUUGGCUUAUGUAUUAUGUUGGUUAAUUAAUGAAUAAUUGCAGAACUCUGCUUAUAGUUUAUGAAAGUGUGUUCUGUGUGUUGAAGAAAGGCAGGUAGAGCAGACCACACCAGUUUGGCAGUGGCAAACUAGAAUGUUGGUCAGAUAACAACUUGUGCUGUCGUUAGGGAAUGUUGGUGCUGUGAGGUGCUUGUGUUGGCCAGCCUGAGGAGGACUCUGUGUCGGAAACCUGGAUCGUUUUUUGGCCAGGCUGCUUGGAUCGUGACAAUAAUAGGAAUGCAUCUGUUACUUUCAGCAGUUAUUUUUUGCUCCCUGAAUAAUUUGUCUAAUGCCGUGGGAGAGAUUUUUAAAUAUUUUUUUUCUUCUUGUUGGUUGUCGCUAAUCUUUCUCCCGGAGGUUGUGUGUGACAUUGCAGUGUGUGUUUCAUUAUAGAAUACCAAGAACAGUAUUUUGUUGAAGCUGGCAGAGCAGCAAACUGGGUCUCUAGUUUCCAACCCUGUGGUGACGACGUGCCUGAAAGCAGGAUUCCCUGCUUGAUUGCUUGCAAGUGUACUGCGUGCAUUGUUAGUCAUCAGACAAGCUAAUGUUAUAAUGUUAACCCAACAGUAACUGUGUGUAUCUAAGGGGGUAUUUUUUUUUUGAGGAGGGGGGUGGGAGGGGGUAGUGUGAGAGAGUGUGAAGUAGUCUGUUAGCUCGAGACGCUCGCUGUUGCCACCUUGCGGAUGUUGGCCGUUCUUCUAGUUGUGUGCUCAAACUUCGUGCUGCCUUUCUUUGUGGCAAAGGCAUAAGAGAAGUUCCUAUAGUGACAUACAGUUUUUGGCAUGAUGUCACGGACUGCCGUUGUAACUUGUCACUUCAAGUGCUUCGUUGGCGUAAUACAUACCUCUAAUAAACUUCUGUAGAUGUAAUUCCUAGUAAACACAUUAUUUAGAUAUAUUAACAGUUUUGUAGUUGAUUAUUUAUUAAUUUAAUAUUCAUACGGAUAAACUAUUAUCCUCUUUAGUUUUUAAUAAUGUGUAAAGUAUUUCUCUUGUUUGUAGUAAAUCAAAUUAUAAAAUAUUUUGCACCUUUUAAUCUUUGAUUUCCUGCAUUUUUGCCACUCUUACCUGUGAUCCUAAUCAGUGCUUGUACAGUGAAAAUUUCUUUUUAUCCAAUUUUCUUUCAAUUUCCCUGCAUUCUCCCUUGUUUUCCUUAUCCCUUGAAAAGCCUAAAGAAAUGGUUUUAUAAUAUUACCAGGUAUAAAUGUGUAUCGACAUAUAUAACUUAAGCUUAAGGUAUGUUGAAUUUUCAGUUUUACAUAUGUUCAGUUAAAAUUUGAGUUGGCGCGCGGCUUGACAAAACGUUUUUGCGGUAAUUGUGGCAUUUGGUGUCGAGUCCAAUGUUUGCAGUGGCGACAGCAGCUGAUGACUUUCAUAUGUACAUAUUUUUUUUCUCUUGUACGUUAUCUCGAGUGCCUGCCUGCCGGGGAUUUGCUUGACUAGUUGUUACUGUUUGUGUCGGAGGAUCUCUGUGACCGAGCGUUCGCUUCCCUGUCCUUCCGGCCAGCAACGCCCUUCUACCAAACUGUAUAACGUGCUGGUUCACACGGGUACAGGGACCGUGUGGCAGGCAGAGUCUUUGUGGCACAUGCUGCCGUUGGGAAUGCAGAGUGCCGGAAGUCUCGGAGCAUUCUCCGAUACGAGCAAGUCUCUUGUACAGUUUGCGAGACUGAUGGAAUGUAAUCUUGUUAAUAAGUGGGUUAUAAUGUGUCCCAAGAUUUUUUGUAAGUACAUUGAAUAUGAUGCAGUAAAAAAAAAUUGGAAAACAUAAAUAUACUAAAUUACUAUAUAAA